AUGGAGAAAAACUUUGCAGUGGUGAAUAAGCUUGAUCCAUUGUCUGCUACAACUCCUGAGACUCCAAAUUCAGCUGUCUCCAGGGAGGCCAGCACCCAGUCUUCAUCAGCAGCCACCAGUCAAGGAUAUGUUUUGCCAGAAGGCAAAAUCAUGCCAAACACCGUUUUUGUUGGUGGAAUUGAUGUUAGGAUGGAUGAAACCGAAAUCAGGAGUUUCUUUGCCAGAUACGGCUCAGUAAAAGAAGUGAAGAUAAUCACUGAUCGAACUGGUGUGUCGAAGGGCUAUGGAUUUGUUUCAUUUUAUAAUGACGUGGAUGUGCAGAAGAUAGUAGAAUCACAGAUAAAUUUCCAUGGUAAAAAGCUGAAACUGGGCCCUGCAAUCAGGAAACAAAAUUUAUGUGCUUAUCAUGUGCAGCCACGUCCUUUGAUUUUUAAUCCUCCACCACCACCACAGUUUCCGAGUGUUUGGAGUAGUCCAAAUGCUGAGACAUACAUGCAGCCUCCAACCAUGAUGAAUCCUAUAACUCAGUAUGUUCAGGCAUACCCUCCUUAUCCAAGUUCACCAGUUCAAGUUAUCACUGGAUAUCAGCUGCCUGUUUAUAAUUAUCAGAUGCCACCGCAGUGGCCGGCUGGGGAACAGAGGAGUUAUGUUAUACCUCCGGCUUAUACAGCUGUUAACUACCACUGCAGUGAAGUUGAUUCAGGAGCUGAAGUUCUGCCAAAUGAAUGUUCAGUUCAUGAAGCUACUCCAGCCUCUGGAAAUGGCCCACAAAAGAAGUCUGUGGACCGAAGCAUACAGACAGUGGUCUCUUGUCUAUUUAACCCUGAGAACAGACUGAGAAACUCUCUUGUUACUCAAGAUGAUUACUUCAAGGAUAAAAGAGUGCAUCACUUUAGAAGAAGCCGAGCAGUGCUUAAAUCUGAUCAUCUCUGCUAA